AUGGGCGAAAGUAAGUAUUUAGGCCCGGAGGCAGUACAAGAAACAAAUGAAGUUAUUGCCAAGAUAAGAGCGCGCAUGAUCGCCUCACAUUUUUUAGAAAAGAUUUAUGCUAAUCCUAAGCAUAAGCACGUUGAGUUCCAAGUAGGAAAUCAUGUAUUCCUACGUGUUCUGCCUAUGAAAGGAGUUAAGAGAUUUGACAAGAAAAGAAAGUUAAGUCCUCGAUUUGUUGGACCAUUCGAAAUUUUAGAGAGAAUUGGGGAAGUGGCUUAUAUGUUAGCCAUGCCUUUAGCUUUUUCAGGAGUGCACAACGUUUUUCAAGUGUUCAUGUUACGCAAGUAUGUUUCAGACCCAUCUCACAAUCUUAGUUAUGAGGCCUUAAAUAUGCAACUAGACAUAUCAUAUGAAGAGAAGCCAAUAAAGAUUCUUGGUAAGAAGGAAAAAGCAUUAAGGAAUAAGACGAUCAGCUAG